CUAGACUGGGUCGGUGCCAGCUCUGAAGCCAGGUCGACGCGAGACUAGUGUACACACAGACUACCAACUUCAACCUAGCUCCACGAAACAAAAGUAACGACAAAGUCACAGUCCAAAAAGCGAAAUGAAGACCACCCUCACCCCUGUCGCCAGGGCCGCCGCCGCCACCGGCCGAUUCUCCGGUUACGGCCACGGCCUUCGCACCACCACCACCACCACCCCCUUCGUCCUCCGCACCGCUGCCGCCGCAGCCGCCGCCCCGACCGCCGCCUCCGGGCUCAUCUUCCGCCGCCACAAAUCCGGUCCCUACGGGUACACCCAAGCCAAAGCACUCGUCUUCUCGCGCUUCGGCGAGCCCGCCGACGUUUUGUCGGUCCACCAACACUCCAUCUCCCCUUCUCUCCCCGACGGCUCCGUGCUCAUCCGGGCGCUCGCCUGCCCCGUCAACCCCGCCGACGUGAACACCAUCCAGGGAACCUAUGGCGUCAAACCCAAAUUCUCUCCGCUGCUGGGGACCUCGGAGCCGUCGGUGAUUCCGGGGAACGAGGGGUGUUUUGAGGUUGUGAGCGUAGGAAACGGGGUGCGGGGGCUGAAGAAGGGCGACUGGGUGAUCCCGGCGACGACCGGGUUCGGCACGCUGAGGACGCACGCGCUGGUGGAGGAUGCGGACAAGAAGCUGAUGAAGGUGGGAGGGGACAAGGGCAAGGAAGGGUUGACGCCCUUGCAAGUGGCGACGGUGAGCGUCAACCCGUGCUCGGCGUAUCGGAUGUUGAAGGAUUAUGUGGACUUGAUCCAGUUGAGCGUGGAUGGGUUUGCCAAGGGGACGGCGAGUGGGGGAGCGUGGUUCUUGCAGAAUGGAGCCAACAGCGGAGUGGGCCGGUCGGCGAUUCAAUUUGGUAAGCUUUGGGGGCUGAGGAGUAUCAAUGUGGUGAGGGAAAGAAACACGCCCGAGGAGACGGAGGAGUUGAAGAAGGAAUUGAAGGAGUUGGGCGCUACGGUGGUGGUGACCGAGAAUGAGUUUUUGGAUCGCAGCUUCACGCAGAGGCUGAAGGACGAGUGGACGAAUGGCGGAAAGGAUCCGUUGAUGUUGGGGUUGAACUGUGUCGGCGGAAAGAAUGCGGCGCAGAUUGUCAGGAGUCUGAGUCCCAAGGGUGUGAUGGUUACAUAUGGUGGCAUGAGCAGGCAGAGUUUCCCGUUCCCUACGGGGCCGCAGAUCUUCAAGAGGUUGAGGUUUGAAGGAUUCUGGUUGAGUGCGUGGGCCGAGGAGAACCCGGAGGAAAAGAAGAGGAUGAUUAAUGAGAUUUUGGAGCUGAUGCGCGAGGGCAAGUUUAAGGCUGCGCCGGCGCAGGAGGUUACCUGGUCUUGGGAUACGGAGGAGAAGGUGUUGAAGGAUGCGGUGCAGGGUACCCUUGAAGGAUUCAGGAGUGGUAAGGGUGUCUUUGUCUUUGGUGAGACAUGAGUAGUGAUGACGAUUGAGGGGGAGUGUGUGUGUGCAUAAUCACGGUAUGUAGAGGUAGAUCUAUGGGUGGACAUCAUGAUGUGAAUGCUUC